AUGGCGGUCCAAUUCAAGGAUGGCGUCGUUAUCGGUGCAGACAGUCGAACGACGACCGGCAGCUACAUUGCCAACCGUGUCACAGACAAGCUUACCCACAUCCAUGACCGGAUUUACUGCUGCCGUUCUGGUUCUGCCGCAGAUACGCAGGCUAUCGCAGACAUCGUGCAUUAUCACUUCCAAGUAUAUUCACAAACGCAUGGAGAGGCGCCCCCGGUGCACACAGUCGCCAAUGUCUUCCAGAAGCUCUGCUACGAGAACAAGGAUGCGCUGUCGGCUGGGAUCAUCGUCGCGGGCUGGGACAAGGAAGUAGGCCCCAGCGUGUACAAUAUUCCUCUGGGUGGCGGGCUGUUCCGCCAACCAUGGGCAAUCGGAGGCUCGGGAUCCACGUAUGUAUAUGGGUACUGCGAUGCAACAUACCAGGAUGGCUGGGACAGAGAUCAGACAAUCAAUUUUGUCAGAAACACUCUUGCUCUAGCAAUGUCACGAGAUGGCUCGUCAGGAGGUGUUAUCCGGAUGUGUGUGAUCACUGAAGAUGGGGUCGAGCGGCUGUUCGUUCCGGGGAACGAGCUACCGAAAUUCUGGGAGGGCAAAGAGGUCCUUGGUGUUUCCGCGAAACCCAAGGGCGCGACAUCCGUAGUGCCCAUGGCUGUAGAAGUAUAA